AUGAUAUAAAUAAAUUUGAUAGAAAAAGAGACUUUAAGAUGUUCUGAGAAUCAUGAUCUUCCUAUUAUUGCAAUAGAUAUAGGAAAAGAUGUAAAAAUGAAUGAUAGACUAUUAUGCAGUGAAUGUAUGUUAAAUAUUAGACCAGAUAUGAAAAUAGUAGGCUUAAAUAAUAUUGAAUCCAAAAUUGAAAACAAUAUUAAAGAGAAUAUACAAAAGAAAAUCUCAUUGAUAUCUUAGAAAAAGGAACAACUGACUAAAUUAUUUAAUUCUAUUGAUCAAUGGAAAUAAACAUUUAAUUAAACUAUUGAUUCAAUUCAAAGAUUUUUCGAUUAUUGGAUGGAUAAUUUUAUUUCUCAAGAGUAAGUUCAUAAUUCUUAUAAUUUUAUAUAAGAAUUAGAUAAUUAUAUUAAUUAAUCACAAUCUCAUGAAAACGAUUAUGAAUUAUUCGUUCAAUCUAUUAUAAAGAUUAAUAAAACAUCAAUUAAUAAGAUUUAAUUAAAACUAACUUAAUUGAAUUCACACUAUAGAAAAUAUAUAACUGAUACUAAAGAAUCAUUAUUAGAAAUUAUUUCAAUUUAAUAGCCUAAAAUUACUCUUAAACCUAUUAAUAAUCAAUAAAAAUAAUCAGAUUUUUGUUGGACCAUUGCCUUUAAUUAGACUGGAUAAAUUAUGGUUUCUGGUUGUAAUUAAUAUAUUAAAGUAUGGGAUUUUAAAGAUGGAUAGCUAAAAGAAGUGAAAAAAUUAGAAGGACAUAAUUAGAAUAUUAGAUGUUUACUUUUUAGCAAAUUAUAAAAUAGUUUCAUUUCUGGAUCAAAUGAUAAUACAAUCAGAUGUUGGAAACAACUUAAUGGUUAAGAAUGGAACAGUUAAUAAUCAUAUUAAGAACAUACUAAUUGGAUUGAAUGUUUGUUAUUAUGUAAAAAAGAGAAUACAUUAUUUUCUGGAAGUGUGGAUAAAUCAAUUAAAAUAUGGAAAGUUGAUUUCAAUAAUAAUAAUCUGAAGUUCUCUUAUUCUUUAAUGAAACAUACUCUUGAUGUUUUUGGAUUAUCAUUAAAUGAAUCAGAGACUUUCUUAGUUUCUUGUGGAGCAGAAUAAUAAAUUAUAAUUUGGAAGAAAUCAAAAGAGAAAAAAUGGGAGUUUUAUUAAAUUGUUAAAUAAUCAAUAAAUGAAUCAGGAGUGACUGUCUGUUUUAUUAAAGAGAACCAAUUUAUUUGGAUCUGUGGAAAUAAAAAUGGGAAGGAUUGCCUAAGUUAUUUUGAAUUAAUUAAUGGAGAUUUUGUAGAAUAAAAAGAAAAAGAAUAAUAGUUAAUUAUAUCCUCUGAUGUAUACAAUUUGAAUUUAUUUCCAAUUGUUUUUAACAAAGAGAAGGAGAUUAUAUUAUUAAGACAUAAAUUUCAUGUUUAUUUAUUAACAAAAUAAACUCAAGGUAGAUAUCGAAUCUCAACAAAAUUGAAAUUUUAAAAUAAUUCAAUAUAAGGAACUAUGACAAAUAAUGCUAAAUAUAUUAUUUUGUGGGAAAAGACAGAAUAGAAUUUUUAAAUUUAUUAAAUUGAGUAUCAAUGA